GGAUCGCAAAUCGACCUCUACAACGAUUUGAAAGUCAUCACGGUUCAAGUCGGGUCUGAAGCGCACGCUGCGCGUCACGUGUUGCCUCCACUCGCGGGUCUGACUUUGACUCUUCUGAUUGAUGACUUUGCUAUGAAGUAAACCAGGCAGGCAGGUCCACAUCGCUCACGAAUCGCGAAGACCUCGUCAUCAAGGUGCGAUCUGCCCUUCAUCGACCAUCGUUUAGGUGUGCAGUCAAGAGGGUUCGCGCAUCCCUUGCAAGCCCUGCUCAAGAUGACCAGCGCUGCGGGAGAGCAUUCAAAGGAAGCUGCUGGAGCGGAGGGCUCCAAGCAGCCCGCUCUUCCGGCUCUACACUCUGCCAAUCCACCGCGAGUGUGUACGAUUGCUGGAUCAGACUCUGGAGGAGGAGCGGGCAUUCAAGCCGAUCUCAAGACGAUCCAGGCGCUCGGAGGAUAUGGCUUGAGCGUCAUCACGGCGCUCACUGCACAGAACACCACUGGCGUUCAAGCGGUGCACGCUCCACCUCCCGAGUUCGUUCGCUCUCAGCUUGCUUCGGUACAUUCGGAUAUAAGGAUAGAUGCGUGGAAGAUUGGGAUGCUAGCAAACAAGGAGAUCAUACAGGUCCUAUCAGAGGAUUUGGGAAAGUAUAGGAAGGGCAAGGGGAAGCUCGCUGCGCUUGUCCUCGACCCGGUCAUGGUCUCGACGUCUGGAUCAUUGCUUCUUACGCACGACUCCAUCCAUCACCUCAUCUCCGGAAUGCUGCCCCUCUGCGACGUCCUCACACCAAAUCUGCCAGAAGCACGCCAGCUUCUUGCUCACGCGCGAAACAGACCGGUCCGCGAUGACAGUGCCACUGCCACUUCACCGACUCAGAAGACCAAAGAGAGUGGAGAUGAUUUGGAAAGCAGUCUGGACACCCUCAAGUCCCUUCUGUCCGCUGCAAAGGAGCUCUCUGAUUUGGGACCAAAAGCAACAUUGGUGAAGGGUGGUCAUCACGUCAUGCACAACAGCGAGGUGAACGCCUCCUUGCUUGAACUCGGUGGUGGUCUUGUUUUAGCUCCUGAGAGUCAGAAUCAGUUGUAUACAGGCGCUCAAAGCAGCGGGCAGAGGUACAGAGGUCAACUCUCCGGAACAGCAGAGCCUGAUGAGCUCUGCGUGGUCAGGACAGAUGGUUCUCCUUGGUCAGAGGUCCUCUCGGCGUGGUAUGCAUCUGGAAGUUCAAUGAGUACAGCGUCGCACGAUGUGGAUUCAGUCAUAGUGGAUGUGCUCUACGAGAAAGUGGGGGUGAACGGUGGGCCGAGGUAUACUCUGUUCGUGAAGCCCCACGUGCAGUCGACUGCGACUCAUGGAACGGGGUGCACCCUUUCCUCGGCCAUCGCAACGUUCCUUUCAUCCGGCCUUACCAUCGAGCUAGCCGUUUCGAACGGAAUCUCGUACGUGCAAGCCUCAAUCGCUCGAGGGCUGGAUAGUCUGGGUCAAGGUGCUGGCCCACUGAAUCACGCUUGCACCAUCACCCCUCGUGGCGUGCUCCCACCAGUCCGCCACGCAGACUCUCUGCCUAGCGAUCGUACACCGCUGUGUGCGGCCCUCAUAGCCAACAAUAUUUCCGAUUGGAAUCUUUUCGUCCAGCAUCCCUUCGUAGAAAAGCUUUCGUGCAACGAGCUUUCCAAAGAAAACUUCGUCUGGUUUCUGAGACAAGAUUACCUAUUCUUGUUGCACUACUCGCGCGUUUGGGCUUCGGGAGCUUCUUCAGCUGCUGCCGCACGUACCUUCGAUGACGUCGCUCUAUUUGCAGGUAUGGCGGCCUCGAUGGCGACAGAAGCAAAGACGCACACCAAGAUCUGCGCGGCGUGGGGCAUCACGGAAGAAGACCUUCAAAGAAGGACCAAGGAGAGCGCGGCUACUUUGGCUUACACGCGCUACGUUCUCGAUGUAUCGAGGAGCGGAGACGCGCUGGAAUUGCUAUGCGCCACCGGCCCUUGUAUGCUGGGAUAUGCUGAAGUUGGAUUGAGACUGCGACGAUUACGCAAGAGGACCUCGGUUGAUGAGAAUUUCCCGGAGAAUGCUCAGGCGUUUGGAGAGUGGAUCGAUACGUAUGCGGACGAAGGCUUUCAGAAAGUGGCGCGGAAAUCCAUCGAAGCUAUGGAGGAUCGGGCGGCUGCGGAUUGUCCGAGCCCAGAGCGGAUGAAACAGCUGCAGAACAUCUGGAAUGCAGCUGUAAGACUCGAGAUUGGCAUGUGGGAUGAAGCCAUCGACGCCACUCUCAGGAGGGAAAUUGUCGACGCUCCGAGGAAUUGA